CCCACCCAGCACCCACCCAGCACCCACCCAGCACCCACCCGGCACGCUCACGGGGGCAGCUCCAGAGCAGAACUUGGAUCUGCAACAGGGGAAGGAGCACCUGGGCGGGAGCUGCUCUAGGAGGAGCUUGUUUUCUCCAGGAACGGUGACUCCAAGGGGUGGAAGAUGCUGGAUAAGGCCAUCCUGCUCCUGUUCCUGCAUUUAGUCUUGUGCUCCAUCUCCUCUCCUCUCUACCCAGCUCUCAGGUACAGUCCAGGGCCAGUUGCUGGCAAGGCCAUGAGCUUCCAGCUGCAGCACAGCAGCUCCUUGCAGAGCCAAAACCCCUUGGCAGAGGAGCAGGAGGAAGAGGGUUUUUUAUCAGACUCCACUGAGAAAAGGAUGCAGCGCCACGCUGACGCCAUAUUCACUGACAACUACAGGAAAUUCCUGGCGCAGAUUUCCGCCCGAAAAUUCCUCCAGACCAUCAUUGGCAAGAGGCUCGGAAGCAGCAAGAGCAGCCCAGGGGAAGGGGUGCAGGAGUUCCUGAGCAGGCGCCAGUCCGACAGCAUCCUGAUGGACAGCCAGUACCAGCAGCAGAUGGUCCUGAGGGACUUCCUGGGAGCCAUCCUGCAGAACCAAAGGCCCCAGGACAUCGACAGCAGUGGGCUGGAAGGGUUUCCCAGCACCCUGGCUAAGCUCAUGUAAAUACUUCUCCCUUUUCCAUCUCCCCACGCUCUGAAUAAUUCAGAGCUCAUGGACCAAACUGUACAGUGAGCCCUUCACAGCACUGAAGACAAUCCCAGAUGUGAGCAGCUGGAAACUGAUGCAUAGACUCCUUAGAUCUGAUCAAAGGAAUGCAGUGCUGAAGUACUACUUAAUUUACUCCAGCCUUUACAAUUUAACUCCCCUCUUGAAAUACUGCUCUGUACUAAACCAGAAAAAACCCACUUCUGUGGUUUAACCUCAGGCUGCUUUACACAGAGACUAAAAAUAAGUGAUACACUUGUAAUCCUGGGGAUAUUUGGUCUACUAAUUAAGGUUUCAAAUCACAAAGUAUGGCAAAAUUUCUGCCAAGUCAUAUUUCUGUUUGAGAGCCUGAUUAAUAAAUAUGAGGCCACCAAAAGGCAGCUUUAGGCAACUUAGUAAAUUGAUUAGAGCGUUCUCUAAAUUGAUGCCGAUGGCACAACCACACACAGCAAGGAUCAGGGUGAGGUGAGACAUGAAUCCACACAUCUCCCUUUCAUUGGAAACACUGCCCAGGGCUGCUGCUGCUGCCUGGCUUCCUGACACAGAGCCCUGGCAGCAGAAGGAACUCUAAAGUGCUCAGCUACACUGCCUGCUCAGCCCUGAAGAGUUCAAGCUGAAAUUACAGCCCUGCCAGAGCUAAAGGAGAUCCCUGAGCAUCAGAUCGGGCUGUCACUGUUGUACUCAGCCUCCUAUGAGUGCCAGCCCCUGGCUCUGGACUCCACCGUGGCUGCAGUUACUGUGAGUGUUUUAAAAGGAGUAAGUCAUUAUCCCAGUGACCUCACACAGCUCCUUCCUCCCUCUCACCCCAGUCCCCCUGUUGUUUGUGUAAUAAUUAUGUCUUCAGAAAUGUAAAUAGCACCGGGAUGGGGUCUGCUCUCCCAUCAGCAGCAGGAAAUAAGAGUCAUUCUAAAUAAACCUGUCCAACAGCAGGUCAAGAUGGCUCUUUUGUUACCUUAAUUUCUUGAUUCUGGGCCCAGAAUGGAAGAGGCUCCUCAGAGGCAGUUGUCAAGUGCACCAAGGAUGACUCAAAACUGGGUUACCAAAGGCUCCAGUACCAAUAAUAACACCAGGCUUGAACCACAAUGAUAUAUAAAUGUGUGUUAAGGCCUAUGAAGUCUUCCCUCCUUGCACUCCAACAAUUCCUUGUUAGUCUGCAGUAGUUACCAGCACCAGAUGACAUGUUUUAGGAUAGGAGGCUCCAGUGUGCAUGGAAAUAAUUUCAUCCUUGCACCAACUCCCUGUUCCAGCCCUCCCUGGUCAGGUUUUACAACUCCAGCACUGGGGAAGUAUUACAAAGCAUCCAGCAGGACGGGGAACACUGAGAGGGUGUUGAGGGAGAUCAGAGAAGCUGUGACAGCAGCAGGAGCAUGGAUAACUGGAUAAUGGAUAACAGGAUAAUAGAUAACUGCUACCCUUCCACGGGCAGGCAGCUGUCUGAGACAUCCUUCUGCUCCACAGUGCAGAAACACACAAAAGAAGUAGCCUCAGUACUGAAUAUACACCUGAGUAGCCUGGCUCAAAAUGGGUUUGUAAACCUGUUCUGCAACAACACACUCAAAGCCAUUAGGACUUACUCCCUCCAAGGAAAGGAAUUACAAAAAAAUGAAGAAGAUUCCUAAAGUAGUAAGUAGACAGAGUAGCAAAAUGAAUUUUAACUCUGUUAAGUGGCAUAAAAGGCACAUAUAACUGGAUUGGAUACUGAAAAAAAAAAUAAAAAUCAAAGCCCUUUAGAAAACAUUUUAAAAGUGUUUGGGUGAUUGAAUCUGUGUGAUUAAAUGGAUGGGUGAGUGUAGCUAUUUGGAAUAAAAGAGGCUUCUUUUGAGGUUCAGUUUGCUUCAAAAUGAAGAAAGAUAUGCUCAAACUCUGCGAGAUUAAAUAUAAAAACAAAUAAAGCAAAUAGAUAUCUGAGGACAAAAAGACCAAAAUAAUAAACACAAUCUUUCCUAAUGCAUAAGUAGCAAAAUCAAUAUCAACACACACAGCUUAAGAGAAAAUACACCACAGGGGCACUCGAAGAUUUUCCUUUUGCAUCCUUGUUCUCCUUGGGUAACACUGCAGCUCUAUAGGCACAGGGAAAGUUCUGUCCUAGCACAAAGCAUCAGCAGAAAGAAUUAGUAACAAAACAAAGCUUCUAAGUGAGCAGUAACAAAAUAUGAUGCUAAAAAACCAUUUCAGGGUAAAUGACUAUGAAUAGUAGCUUAGUUAUUUCUUACCUAAAACUCCUUUAGCCCCAGAGGACUCGAAUGCAGCCUGAGAUCUGGUGCUUGAAGGAGUGCAGAGGAGGUCAAAGAAGUUCACUAAGCCUCUGUGGGCCCACCCUAAUGUUGACACUGAAGCAGCAGGUAGGAACAGCUACAAAGAGCAGGAACAGUGAGCUAAGUGUGAGCAACAGCAGGGGGAAGAGACAAGGUGGAUUUAAUAAAGUGGGGUCAUGUCUCACACACGUGAAAUGCUCCACACCCUUUAUCCACAUGCUUUGCUUGCUGAUGUCAUUUCCCUGGAUUUCCAGAAGACAUUUGAUAAAGGCCAUUAAAGCAGCUACCCUUGACACAGGAUGCACAGGAGCAGGGGAGGGAGCAACUCUUCUAUGUGAAAGUUGCUCACCAGGAGGAGAUUUAGGCCUUUGGUUAUUACUAUCUCUGAGUCCUUCAGUAACACCCAAAGCUGCUGCCUCAGCACUGCUUGGUGGUCCUGAGGGGAGUAAUUAGGCAGGAAAUGAGAGUUUGAGUAACUCAAACAUGGCCACAUGGCAAGCAGCAGACACCUGGCUUUUGGUUUCAUAGAAGACCAAAAGCAACAACCUCAUCAAACUUGUAUUUGGAGUGAGAAGGUUACUGCCAGAGGCUGGAAAGAAAGUGAAGCCCCCACAGGACCCCCAAAGCUGCCAGAGAGAGACAAGCCUUUAUGGAGAAAGGCAGCCACAGCCUCACCCAGGGGACAGGCAGGAGGGAAGUCCCCCCCAAUAAACACAGCCCCCAGGAAAAGGACAUGAAAGAACAGGAAGCUUCACACUCAGCAAUGAGUCACACACGAAAUUACCCACCAGAAAAAGCUCUUUUCAUUCUCAUGUGAACCCACCUUCCAAUCACUGUCUCUGAGACACCCAAAAAGCAACACUCAGGACCAUCCUUUCCUCCUCUUUAUUCACAAAUCUUUAGGAUGAGGAAAGGGCACCUGGGGAAAAGCAGAUUUGUAUUUUCUUCUUCCUUUUUCUCAAAAAGAAAUUCAAAUGUCCUGGGAGAAGGGGAGAGGAUCCAGGAAAGAAAAGAUUUUCCAGAUUCAUAUGAAAAGCACUCCAGUAGCAUGAA